CGGGGGCGGGGCGCGGCGAGGGGGAGCUGCUUCCGGGCGAGCCGCCCCGCCCCCGCACGGGCCCCGGGAGACUAGAAGGCGCUACGGCGGCGGCGGGAGCGGCGGCCCCGAGCCCUUGAGGAAGCAGAGCUGAGUGUGCAGCCACCGCUCAGGAGCCUGCGGUUCCCACCAGCCAGGUGCCGUGAUCCCGCUGCCCACCAUGCAGCCCCAGUCGGUCCUGCACAGCGGCUACUUCCACCCGCUGCUCCGCACCUGGCAGACAGCCGCCACGACCCUCAGUGCCUCCAACCUCAUCUACCCCAUCUUUGUCACGGACGUUCCUGAUGACGUACAGCCCAUCAGCAGCCUCCCAGGAGUGGCCAGGUAUGGUGUAAACCGGCUGGAAGAGAUGCUGAAGCCCCUGGUGGAAGAGGGCCUGCGCUGUGUCCUGGUCUUUGGAGUCCCCAGCAGAGUCCCCAAGGAUGAGCGGGGUUCAGCAGCCGACUCCGAGGACUCCCCGGCUAUCGAGGCCAUCCGCCUGUUGCGCAAGACGUUCCCCAGCCUUCUGGUGGCCUGCGACGUCUGCCUGUGCCCUUACACCUCCCAUGGUCACUGUGGGCUCCUGAGCAAGAAUGGGGCCUUCCUGGCUGAGGAGAGCCGCCAGCGGCUAGCAGAAGUGGCACUGGCCUAUGCCAAGGCAGGAUGUCAGGUGGUAGCCCCUUCGGACAUGAUGGAUGGACGCGUCGAGGCCAUCAAGGAGGCUCUGAUGGCACAUGGACUUGGCAACAGGGUGUCAGUGAUGAGCUAUAGUGCCAAAUUUGCAUCCUGUUUCUAUGGACCUUUCCGGGACGCGGCGCAGUCCAGCCCGGCUUUUGGAGACCGCCGCUGCUACCAGCUGCCACCGGGAGCGCGGGGCCUGGCCCUCCGAGCAGUGGCCCGGGACGUACGGGAAGGAGCCGACAUGCUCAUGGUGAAGCCGGGAAUGCCCUACCUGGACGUUGUGCGGGAGGUCAAGGACAAGCACCCUGAGCUCCCUCUUGCCGUGUACCACGUUUCCGGAGAGUUUGCCAUGCUGUGGCACGGAGCCCGGGCCGGGGCGUUUGAUCUCAAGGCUGCUGUUCUGGAGGCCAUGACCGCCUUCCGCCGCGCAGGUGCCGACAUCAUCAUCACCUACUACACACCUCAGCUAUUGCAGUGGCUGAAGGAGGAGUGAUGGAGACCGAGCACAAGACCAACAGCUAGAACUUUUAAAAGGUCCCAGGGCCUUAGAGAAGUGAAAACCAAAGUAAAUACUGCUUUAGAACUGUGCCCUCGUGCCCUCGUGCCCUCUUCCUAUUCACACGCUGGCAGGUAUCCAGCAGCCCCGGGUACUUUCUGCCAGCCUGCCACAUUUUAACCACUCAAGCCUCCCAGGCUUCCCCAUUCCUCCCCUGGGUCAGCACUGAGGCUCACCUCCGCCACCCCAGCUCCUCCUCCUGGCAUGGCCUCAGCUUGAAAGCCACUAGGAGGUCAGGGUGCAAGCUUGGUGAGGCCUAGGAGAGGGGCUUGGAGCAUUAGGGUAGAGGAGGGCAAGUUGCAUCUUGUAUCAUGAGAAGCUCUGGAAAGCCCGAGGCCUUUGGCAGUGGAGCUGGGCAGUGGCUCACAGACCUAGAGUGACAUCUUCAGGUUUAGAGUUAAGGUUUGCUUUAAAUUCCACUGGAAGAUGAUUCGCCCGCGCAGGCCCACGCUGCCAGGCCACCUGAGAUCCUCUGUUCUGCUGUCAGCCAUAUACCCAGAGAAGAAUUACUGGUUAAUGAGCAGAAACACUGCCUGAGGAUCAAAAUUCAGAAGCAAAUAGAGAGUUCCUGACGAUUGGAGGUGCUAUCACCAAAAAGGCUUUUCUGUUGAAGAGAGAAUUUUUGAGAACAUCUGCUUGGUGUCCAGGCACGGUGCUGGGUACUGGGCAUAUAGCAGGACAGGUCUCAGCUUGUCUUCUGUGUGGAAUCUGUGAAGGAGAAUAGGCAGCCAGAUGUUCAUCAAGAAAACAAACCAAUUACAAAUUGUAAUUAGGACUUUGAAGGAAAGGGUCUGAGACAGAAUAACGGACCAAGGGUGUCUCUUGAGAGGGUGGUUAAGAAGCCCUCCAUGAGGUCAAGGGACCAGAAAAGAUCCUCCAGAAAGCAGAGCAAAGUGCAUCAGAAGCCACAAGAAUGGCACAAAAUGUGCAAAGGUCCUGCAGUGGAAGGAGGUGGGAGGGCUGCUAAAAGCAGGGUACAGAAACACAGGGUGGCGACGGGACCAGAGGUUGGAAGGGUAGGCUCUGUACCUGGUAGGAAGCUCGGUCUCAUUUUGCAUUGGAUAGAAAGCCACCUGGAGGAUCUCAACCAGAAGUUACGUGUGUUCCCCUUUCCUACACGGCUGCCAUGAGAACAGGGAAGGGGGAACGAGAAAGAGGCCGGUGGGGAGGCCCUUGCAGAGCCCUGACAGUGGCCUGGACCAGGGUGGUGGCAGUGGAGAACUGAGGGAGUAGACCUAUUCAGGAUACAUUCUGGAGGCAGAAUUAGCAGAUUUUACCUAAGCUUUAAGUCCAGGGGAUGAGAGGAAACGAGGGUGCCCUCAUGGGUUUCUGGCUUGAACUCCCGAAAGUGUGCUUUCUUCUGAGACUCACGACCUCCUAUCUCUCCACUUAAAAGUUAAGGCCCAGCCAAGGGCUUUUGCAAAGUCUACCUGCCUGCCUGCAAGAUGACAAGGAUUCCCAAAUCUAGGGCCAAAGCAAGCCCAAUUCAGAUCUUAAAGCAAUACAGUCCAUUUGAAAAUUUAGAAUCAGAAACUCCCAGCAGCUCCUGUAGGCGGACCAGCCUCCUCUGACUCCCAGUUAUCUUCCCCAGAGCUGCAGCUGGCCUGAGGACCUGAUCUCACCAGGCUCAGGUCCAAGGAGCCUGAGCCUGGGACUCCCACCUAGAUGCUAUUGGAGAUGAGCUAUUGAUGUGCCUCAGGGCUCUGACCAGACCAGAACCUUUGGCUCGGUUAGCUUUUUAGCUUCUUGGCAUCUUGUCUCCUGGCCCCUCGGCCCCUGAUCCCUGAGCUCAGGAAUGAGGGAAAGGGGGGUUCUUCAGGGACAUCCCAGACUCAUCACUGCCAAGCUAAUACAAGGCCUGCUUCUUCUAGGCAUAGGGAGACGGGAGACAGACCUGGCUCUUUAGAUACAAAUUCCACAAGAAGCAAACACCUCUGUAUGUGUCCAGGCCCCUCAGAAGCAAAUGUUAAGUGGACUGAGGAGGAGUUUCCUUGAGGGGAACCAGGGGGCAGAUGUGUCACCAGUGAUGUGGCAGGGGCUGUGAAGGAGGUCACCAGGACCUGACUGGGUCUGAAGUAUCAAACAUACUUCCCCGACAAGCUGACACAUAAGGCUGCACCUGAAGGAUGAGCAAGCAAGCUAAGAGCAUUCCUGACAGAGGGAACUCUGCGUCUAGAAUGAGCUAGGAGAACACGCACAGUGGAGGGCGAAGGAAGAGAUGGCCUGACCUGGAAGGGAGAGAGACCAGGCCCAAAGUAUGCAGGGCUCAAAAGCAUAUAAGGAAGAUGGGGGAGGCUUUUCAGACUUUAUUCCAAGAGAAAGCAAAGCCAUUCGAAGGAUUUUUAAGCAACAGAACAACUUGCUCCGAGUUUGCAUCUUGUGAAAAUGUUUGACAGCACUGGCAAAGUGCAGAUGAGAAAAUGCGUAGCCUGGGCUGGAGUGGUGACCAUGGGGGUGAAGGAGGUACAUUAGAUGGGAAGGAGGAACUUGGCUUGAGCUCCUGAUGGCUGAUGGGCCAUUUACUAAGAUAGGAAGCUUGGAAGAGACAGUAGAGCGGGGGAGUCCUAAAUUUAGCUUGGGUUUGCAGUGAGGGAGCUCUAUCUAGAGAGCUUGUGACUCACCUAAGGCCUUUCAACUAGUAUGUGAGACAACUGGGGCUAGAGCCCCAUCACUGAAGCCGUCAGAGCUGGGAUUUGAACCCACAUAGUUGAACUCCAAGGCCUCUGCCCUUAACCACUGUGCCACACCAUCUCCCAAUAAACAGUAGCCAAAUUCAGGAUCUAACGGGAUGCUGUUAUAACGGGGUGUACCGACGGCCAGCGUGCCUCAGGCAUCAUGGUCUAAGCGAAGUGCCCUCUGGAGUCAGGAUAUGUCACCAGAGGUGCCUGCUCAGUGUCUGUUCCAGCCCAGCUAGGUUUUGUGUCCAGAGACAAUAGCCAGGCAGGCAAGCUGGAGGGGUUUGGGUGGUCCCGGGGGAUCUAGCUCCUCCACCAUCCCAGUCUCCUGCUGUGCGCCCUCCCCUUGCUGGUGGUAAUUUUAUCCUUGCACAGAGAGAACUCAGCUGCUCCCACCAUUAGCCUGGCAUAUUUUCAGACUUCCAAGCAUCACAGCCUGUUGGUGAGCAUUCGGGCCCUUUCUUAACGAGACUUGACUUUAUUUCCUUCUGAGAUGCCUGCUUAGACGACAGCUUGUCUUUCUUGUAGGACCUUCCCAAAGGCCACAACAGCCAAUACUUUUGACCAUUCUCACUUUGUUACUACGAUCCCUAAAACUACAACCUCACUGGGCAUAUGGCGGAGGGUCCCAACAAACCACGGGCAUUUUAAUCAGCCACUUGACUACCAAUUUCCCAAUUAGGAAAGGAGGAAUUCUGACCAACCCCACACCUCACAUGAACUCCACCAGUUCCACAUAUUAGGGCCUGUGAUCUGCAGCACCCAUAUUUUAUUGUUUCAGGUAUUUUUGGUUGCGAGUGACAAAUCCAGUAGCAAAAAAGGAAAUGAUAAAAAAAAAUGAUUAGUUUUCAUAACUUGACUUUAGUAAGGUCAAGUGUGGUGGGGUCUAGGGUUAAAGGCUGUCAUGGAGGCCACGUCCCUUCCUAGUUCUUGUAGGUUUGCCUCAGCUUGGCUUUAUUCAGAGAUGGGCUUUUGCCAUUUGACAGCCACAUGGUCCUUAUGACUUAGGCUCCCCCAGAAAGAUCUUUUCCCACCAUGCAGGACAUUUCCAGAGGUCUCUGAUUGGCCCUGCUCAGGUCACAUGACCAGCCUCCAGUCAGUAAACCCUGGCAAGGGAGAUGUGGCACCAUGAUUGACCAGGUCUGCCUCACUCUACGGAAGUCUAGUGGAGUCUCAGAGCUUUGCUGCUGUUGUCCCCUUUGCAUGGAAUGCUUUCCCCCAAAUCCGUGUGGCUGUCUAUUGCUAAGAUCUUGGCUCCCUUGUCACUUCCUAAAAAAAAAAAACAAAAACAAAAAAGAACCCCUGCCCUGAUAACCGAUUCAAAGUCAUACCCCAGUGACUAUUAGGAUUCAAGCUCAGUGGUCAUAAGAAGCCAAAGUAAUGAUAGUUAGAUGGAAGUGUUGCUCCCCACGCAAUCCAGUCCAUGAUGUGGUGGGUUCUGGUUCCUGACUUGUUCUAACUCAGCAAAUCUCGGCUUCCAUCACAUGGUCAAAGAUGACAAGUCCAGUCCUCACCGUUAGCUCCUCUCUUUGGUCACCAAAAAGAGAAGGGAAAUUGGGGGGCAUGAUGCUUCUUUAUAAGGGCGCAACUCGGGAGUUCAGCAUGUCACUUCUGUCCAUAUGCUCUUGUCUGAGCUUAGUCACGUGGCCACACCUCGUUGUGUAAGGGAUGUUGAAAGAUAGACUCUAGUGGGGCAGGCAUGAGCCCAGCUAAACCUCAAGUGUUCUGUUAACUAAGGAAAACGGAUAGGGUGGUUAGAGGGCCAAACGGCCACCCCCACCACAUGAAGUUUCUUAUAAUCACAGAAACAGUGAUCAGAACAUCAAAGAGGUCUUUAGAGACCAUCUAGUUCACUAAUUGUGCAGAUGGAAGACAGGCCCAGAAAUGGGACUUGUUCAAAUUCACACAAGCUGGUGACAGACCAAGGCUGCAAUUCUGGUCUCCAAACUCCAAGCCCAGUGCUCAAACCUGGGAAGGGUAUUGGUUUUAGGGGAACUUAAGCUUUUUUAUGUGUUAUCUUAGCAUCAGAUGCAUUUUUAUAUUCAUGUAUUAUAUCUAACAAGGAUAUAUUCAUGUGAUUUGUGUAAAUAAAAAUGAAAACCACCAAUGCA